GGUGGGAGGGUGCUGAGGAGCUCUGCUCACAGCUCCUAGGCGGCCCGGUACCGGGAGGAGUAGCCCAAAGCUGGUUUCAGUCAUGGAAGGGAGAGAGGAUGCGGAGUCCAACUGUGAUGUAGCAUUCGCUGAAGCUCAGAGAUGGGUGGAGGCAGUUACUGAGAAAAACUUUGAAAACAAGGAUUUUCGAGCAUCUCUAGAAAAUGGUGUCCUGUUGUGUGAUUUGAUUAAUAAGCUUAAGCCCGGAAUCAUUAGGAAGAUCAAUCGUUUAUCUACACCAAUAGCAGGUUUGGAUAAUAUAAAUGUUUUUCUGAAAGCUUGUGAAAAGAUUGGAUUGAAGGAAGCUCAGCUUUUCCAUCCUGGGGAUCUACAGGAUUUAUCGAAUCGAGUCACCAUCAAGCAAGAAGAGACUGAUAGAAGAGUGAAAAAUGUUUUGAUUACCUUAUAUUGGCUGGGCAGAAAAGCACAGAGUGACCCUUAUUACAACGGUCCUUACCUUAAUCUGAAAGCAUUUGAGAAUCUUUUAGGACAAGCUCUGACUAAGGCCCUUGAAGACCCCAACAGUCUGAAAAGAAGUGGCAGGGACAGUGGCUACGGAGAUAUUUGGUACACUGAACGUGGAGAAUUUCUUAGUCCUUCAGCCUACCACAAAAGAGACGAUUCCUUCGAUAGCUUGGAUUCUUUUGGGUCUAGAUCAUUCACAAGCUGUUCAUCAGAUUUAACUCUGAAAGGGGGCAGUGAAGGUUGUGAGAGUGACACAGAUUCUGAACUCACAUUCAAAAUGCAGGAUUAUAACAAGGAUGAUAUGUCCUAUCGAAGGAUAUCAGCUGUUGAGCCCAAAUCUGCUCUACCAUUCAAUCGGUUUUUACCCAACAAAAGUAGACAGGCAACCUAUGUACCUGCACCACUGAGGAAAAAAAGACCAGACAAGAAUGAGGAUAAUCGAAGAAGUUGGGCUAGUCCUGUGUACACUGAAGCUGAUGGAACCUUCUCAAGUGGUUCAGAUUCAGAGAACGAACGGAGGUUGCCUGACAUAAUUUUGGAUGACUUAGCCAACCGUAGAUUCCGAGCGAAAAGAAAGCAUGAGCACUCCUCGGCACCUAGACAGCUUUCCAUCUUGAAAACCAGUCUUCCUAAGUCUUGUUCACAAAAGCUUUCCACAACUGAUCCUUUAGCUACUGGAUUCAAGGAGCCGAUGAGUAAACAGAGGAGGAAAUGGGACACUAAAAUGGAAAACAGGCCAACAAUAAAAGAAACUUCAAACUCCUUUAGCUAUUUGGAGGAGGAGGAAGAAGAGGAAGAAGAAGAUGAAAAAGCAUCAGGCAUGCCAAACAUUGUAAAAGAUGAUCUUUAUGUACGCAAGCUAAGUCCAGUAGUGCCCACUGUAGGGAGUGACUUUGAUAAAUUUCUCCCCAAAAGUUGGACUCCAGAAGAUCUGAAUUGGAAAAGAAUGAAAAAGACAUCUUCUUACAAGCCAUGGUAUAAGGAGUUUCAGGGAUUCAGUCAGUUUUUAUUACUUCAGGCCUUACAAACUUAUUCUGAUGACAUCUUGUCUUCUGAAACAAAGACCAAAAUUGAUCCCACAUCUGGCCCAAGGAUUAUAACAUGCCGAAGGAAUGUCUUUUAUGCCCCGGGAUACAGAAGAGAUGAUAUUGACAGUGGAGUAUUAGAUCCUGACUUAGAAAAUGACGAUUACUUUGUUAGGAAGACUGGGGCUUUCCAUGCAAAUCCUGCUGUUCUUCAAGCAUUUGAAGACUUUAGAAGAUUCUCUGUGCCAGAUGAUUUUGUGGAGCGAGAUAUAAUCCUGCAACAGAGAGAAGGUGAACCCGUGCUUCCAGAUUUAGAAAAAGAUGACAUGAUUGUUCGCAGAAUUCCAACACAGAAGAAAGAGGUGCCUUUAUCAGGAGCCCCAGAUAAAUACCACCCAAUCCCCUUUCCAGAACCCUGGACUCUCCCACCAGAAAUCAGAGCCAGAUUUCUCUGUGUGCUUGAAAGGACGUCCCCAUCAAAAGAAAAAAAGAAUAGCUGUAGAGUCUUAGUUCCAUCUUCUUGUCAAAAGAAGGAUGAUAUGUUGACUCGUAAGAUUGAGUCCUGGAAACUAGGAACAACUGUACCAUCCAUCAGUUUCACUCCUGGUCCAUGCAGUGAAGAAGACUUAAAAAAAUGGGAAGCUAUCCGAGCAGCCAGCAAAGUCAGGCACAAGAAACGACAGAUGGUUGAGAGACUCUUUCAAAAGAUUUCUGAUGAGAAUGGGAGCAAAUCCUUGAGUGAUAUCACUGCAGAGGAUGUACAUAGUUUGCGCCAACUGCGCUAUGAAGAAAUGCAGAAAAUAAAAUCACAACUUCAAGAACAAGAUCAGCAGUGGCAGGAUGACCUAGCAAAAUGGAAAAAUCGUCGAAAAAGUUAUACUUCUGAUCUGCAAAAGAAAAAAGAAGAGAGGGAAGAAAUUGAAAAGCAGUCUCUUGAGAGAUCUCAGAGGAGCUCAAAAACAUUUGGAGAAAUUCUCCAGGACAGGGAAAUCAGAAACCAAGAAACCAACAGUCAUCGGCAGAAAACAUUGGAUCUUGAGAGGAUGUAUUCUAAUGAUGAGAUAUUCAAUGAAGCAAAAGCAUCUACUGCACUGACUUUGACAAGAGAAAGUUAUCUGAAUGAGGGAAGAGAGAAGGAAGUGACUUAUGGUACUGAGAGUGGUAAAGAAGAUUCCUCAAUCCUUCCAAAGAUGGAGGACUAUGAAACAGCUGAAAUUCAGGUUCCUUCUCAAAACCUGACAGAGAAACAGAGCUCAGCCUCAGCUUUGUCUUCUGACCAUUCACUGAGUACACAAAUGGGACCUGCUCGGGUUUCAGCAUCUCUCCCCAGAAGUUACCAGAAAACUGAUACAUCUAGGUUAACAUCUGUGGUUACGCCAAGACCUUUUGGUUCCCAGUCAAGAGGGAUCUCAUCGCUUCCCAGAUCGUAUACGAUGGAUGAUGCUUGGAAGUACAAUGGGGAUGUAGAAGUCACCAAAAGAAUUCCAGAAAGUUCAAAAAGUGGCUCUUUCUCAAAAUCAGAUGACAGCCAGCUUCACUCAAGUUCAGCCUUGAAAAGCAUUGAAGAGGAAGCAAAAGAAAGUGAGAAGAGAGCAUCGCCUGCUACACCCUUGUAUUUGCCCAUUUCCCAGGAACUCAAUGCUUUUCCCAAAUCAGAACAGCUUUUAACAUCAGCCCCUUUGCCAGUUUCUGAGUCUUUAGAAGGGAGAAAUUCUUCAUCACCUGAACCUUCAAGGGCAAAGGAUCAGUUCAGUGAUAUGAGAAUCAUUAUGACCCACAGCCCUGGGAACAGUGAUGCUGACUUUGGGUUUACAGUGAGAUGGGAUUUUUCUGGAAUCGUCGUGCAGUCAGUUGAAGAAGGUAGCCCAGCAGCAUUAUCUCAGCUACAGGUAGAUGAUGAAAUUAUUGCUGUUAACAACACCAAGUUUUCAAAUAAGGACACAGAUAAGUGGGAAGAGAUCAUGGCUAAUGCACGAGAAACUGGAAACCUAAUUGUAGAUGUCAGACGUUAUGGAAAAAAUGACUGGGGCAAAGACCAACCUUCCCUGCCAUUUAUACGGCACAAAACCCUCAAUCUCACCAGUAUGGCUACCAAAAUUAUAGGUUCACCUGAAACUAAGUGGAUCGAUGCAACUUCUGGAGUUUACAAUUCAGACAAGGCUUCAAACCUUUCAAUAAAGAGUGAUUUCUCCGAAAGCCUUCAAAAUUCUAAUAUUGAAACAAAAGGAAUGAAUGGCAUAAGUGGCGAAAACAGCUCUAUUGAACUCAAAGCAUCUGAACCUAUUUCUUUGAAAAACUUAAAAAGGCGAUCACAAUUUUUUGAACAAGGAAGUUCUGAUUCUGUGGUACCUGAUCUACCAGUUCCAACCAUCAAUGCUCCAAGUCGCUGGGCUUGGGAUCAAGAAGAAGAGAGGAAACGACAGGAGAAAUGGCAGAAAGAACAGGAACGUUUGUUGCAGGAAAAGUAUCAACGUGAACAGGAAAAACUGAGGGAAGAGUGGCAGAAGGCCAAACAAGAGGCCGAGAAAGAGAACUCAAAGUACUUAGAUGAGGAACAGAUGGCUUUAAACUCAAACAGCGCUUCUCUCACCUCGCGUGAGCCUACUCCUGCCAACUGGGAAACAAAUUGGAGAGAAGAGAUUUAUCCUUCAAACAGAGAAAAAAACAGAGCAGAGGAGGAAGAAAGACUCCGUCAUGAAGAACAAAAAAGGAAGUUAGAAGAACAACUUCUCAUUGAGAAAGAGAGGAAAAUAAAAGAACUGGAGGAAGAAGUGGAGCAGAAGCGGUGGGCAGAGAUAGAAGAACAGAGGCGGCGGGCAGAGAUAGAGGAACAGAGGCAGCGGGCAGAGAUAGAGGAACAGAGGCGGCGGGCAGAGAUAGAGGAACAGAGGCGGCGAGCAGAGAUAGAGGAACAGAGGCGGUGGGCAGAGAUAGAGGAGCAGAAGCUGCGAGCAGAGAUAGAGGGGCAGAGAUGGCGAGCAGAAAAAGAGAAAGAAACUUCAGUGCAGAUAUAUCAGUAUAAAAGGCCUGUUGAUCCCUUUGAAGUAUCGAAGCAAGGAGAUGAGUCAACAAAUCUACUUCCCAGUGACAGGAAUAAAUCAAGGUCCACUACUGAAUUAGAUCACCCCACAAGUAGAAAUGGGAGCAGCAAAUAUUUGGACCGGAUUGGGAAUGCAAGCUAUUCACAGAAAGGUUCUCGAAAAGAGCAGGCCACGUCAGAGGCUGAGAUGGAGAGACAGCAGAUUCUUCAGGAAAUGAGGAAGAAGACCUCCCUCCACAAUGACAACAGCUGGAUCAGACAACGGAGUUCCAGUGUCACCAAGGAGCCCAUCUGCCUUCCUGGUGUCAUGAGAAGAGGUGAAUCUUUAGAUAAUCUAGACUCCCCCAGAUCAAAUUCAUGGAGACAAGCCCCUUGGAUGAACCAGUCCACAGGGUUUCACACUUCUUCGUCUGUGCAAGACUUCAGUCGUCCACCUCCACAAAUCGUUUCCACAUCCAACCGUGCUUACAUGAGAAAUCCAUCUUCCAGCUUGGUACCUUCUUCUGCUGGUUCUGUACGAACUGGAUCUUUAUCAUCAGCACCCUCCCCGGCACCUCGAACACAGUCCCCCUCUCCUUCUCAGGCAGGGAUACAGCAACGAAACAGGUCAGUCAGUGGGAAGAAAGUAUGCUCCUACUGUAAUAGCAUUCUGGGCAAGGGAGCGGCCAUGAUCAUCGAGUCUUUGGGGCUUUGUUAUCAUUUACAUUGUUUUAAGUGUGUGGCCUGCGAGCGUGAUCUCGGGGGCUCCAGCUCAGGAGCAGAAGUCAGAAUCCGAAAUAAUGAAUUGUACUGCAAUGAGUGCUAUCUCCGAUUCAAAUCCGGACAGCCAACCUCCAUGUGAAGUUAACCUCCAUACGAAAGCACUGUUGCAGAUAGAAGAAGAGGUGGUUGCUGCUGGUGUAGAUCUAUAAAUAUAUAUUGUAUGUGUCUUUUUUUAAAGUAACUUUUUUUUGCUUGUUUAGAUUACAUAGGAACAUUUAUAUCCCUCAUGUUAACUGUAUUUUUUUUUUUUGUUAUUUAUAAGAAGGUAAUCAUGUUUUGGGAAAAGCACAGUAUUCACUUUUUGAAUUCAGCAUAUUAAAAGCACAAGGGAGAAAAAAUACUUAUCAGUAAUAAUUUCAAAAUAUUUUGGAGGCUUAUAAUUCACAUCUAGCUUGACUUUCCAAUGGUAUAUGAAGAGGAUGUUUCUUGAAAGAAUGCUCUUAAACAUUAUUUGAAAUAGUUAAUUUAAAUAUAUUUGCAAUGGCUGACUUUAUUUGUAAUGUAUACCACAAAGUAAGUAAUACAGACCUAUUGCAUUAAUAUUUGUUUUCUAUACUCUGGUUUUCUAACUUGCCUCCCCUUGUGAUUUUUUCAUAUACAAUAUUCUUUUUUCUUUCUUUUUUGAUGAGAGGGACUCUCAUAUUGACUGAUCAGUGGAUUUAGUUUUGAACAGUUCACUCUUAAGAAUUUCUUCACUAAGAAAAUGUAACUAUGGCUUGUGCAACAAAAAGUUUUUUUUAAAAGAGUUAGUGUAUUUCUUUACUGUUCCAACUGCAUUUGUAAAUAAACUUGCUAAUGCAUUUAA